GAGGGGCGAGCCCAGCCCAUCCGGUUGGCAGUCGGUCACGUGGGGCCCAGAUGGGCUGCCGCGGGGCAUGCUGGGCCAAGAUGGCAGCAAUGAGGAAGGCGCUUCCGCAGCGGCUGGUGGGCUUGAAAUUCCUCCGGGCUGUCAGCACCCCAUCUAUGGGCGCUUUACCAAAGCGGGUGAAAAUUGUGGAAGUUGGUCCCCGAGAUGGACUACAAAAUGAAAAGGAUGUCGUACCUACUCCAGUGAAAAUCAAGCUGAUAGACAUGCUUUCUGAAGCAGGACUCUCUGUUAUAGAAGCCACCAGCUUUGUGUCUCCUAAGUGGGUUCCGCAGAUGGCUGACCACACUGAAGUCUUGAAGGGCAUUCAGAAGUUUCCUGGCAUCAACUACCCAGUCCUGGUCCCAAAUUUGAAAGGCUUUGAGGCAGCGGUUGCUGCUGGAGCCAAGGAAGUGGCCGUCUUCGGAGCUGCCUCAGAGCUCUUCAUGAAGAAGAACAUCAACUGUUCCAUAGAGGAGAGUUUUCAGAGGUUUGAUGCAGUCUUGAAGGCAGCCCGGUCAGCCAGUAUUUCUGUGCGAGGGUACGUCUCCUGUGCACUUGGCUGCCCUUAUGAAGGGAAGAUCUCCCCGGCUAAAGUAGCUGAGGUCACCAAGAAGUUGUACUCAAUGGGCUGCUAUGAGAUCUCCCUGGGGGACACCACUGGUGUGGGCACCCCAGGGAUCAUGAAAGACAUGCUGUCUGCUGUCAUGCAGGAAGUGCCUCCGGCUGCCCUGGCUGUCCACUGCCAUGACACCUAUGGCCAAGCCCUGGCCAACACCUUGAUGGCCCUGCAGAUGGGAGUGAGUGUCGUGGACUCGUCUGUGGCAGGACUUGGAGGCUGUCCCUAUGCACAGGGGGCGUCGGGAAACCUGGCCACCGAGGACCUGGUCUACAUGCUGGAGGGCUUAGGCAUUCACACGGGUGUGAAUCUCCAGAAGCUUCUGGAAGCUGGGAACUUUAUCUGUCAAGCCCUGAACAGAAAAACUGGCUCCAAAGUGGCUCAGGCUACCUGUAAACUCUGAGCCCCUUGCCCAACUGAAGCCCUGGGGACGGUGUGGAAAUAGGGGCACAAGGCCGGACGAGGUGGCUCAUGCCUGUAAUCCCAGCACUUUGGGAGGCCGAGGUG